UGUAAAUCUCCAUUUCGGGCCCUUUCACUGUAAAGGUCCAGUAAAAGGACGCGUGAUGUGCCAGAACAAUAAUAAGCCAGAAAACUGCCACAAUGACCUUCCGAUGUGGCCACCGGCACUGCAGACAACCCUGAGUCUUUUGUUCAGUUCUCAGAGUAUCUUCAUAGCAUUGAUACGAAUCUUUUACGGGAGGUGGGCACCAUGACAUCCCGUUCUGCCAUCCUCCGCACUUCUAGCGCCAACAGUAGCAUAGACGGCACUCGAGUUGCCAAUGGUCAACAUGUGGUUCCUCCAGGAAUUUCCGUCCUUGAGUUUUUCGACAAUGGCGCGACAGAAUUGGCUAUGUUAGGCUCCGGUCAAGCCCGCAACUUUCUCACGGAAAAGGAUGCCUUGGCCGUCUUUCGCAACUUCGUCGCGGCUCUGACUAAGAAGGCAAGAUCCAGUGGCCAGAGGGGCAAAAAACUCUGGGUUCCAAACAAGAUGGUGGCUGUGGUGCUCGAGUUUCGGCCUCAAUUUGAAGCCAAGAAAGUAGACCUGGAUCUUUGCAUAUUCACUUCCGAGUGUGGUCAAUACCAUUGGUUUUGGUUUGAAUUUCUGGACUCCAAUAGUGCGGUAACCAAGGAAUACAAGUCUCCUUAUUGUGUUAACAACUUCAAGCUUGUCCUCAAGGGUGCUACCAUGAUUCCCCCCGAAGGUGUCGCCGUUGCGGAACUGACCGGUUUUGAUGGCCUCAGAGGAACCAUUCCCGCGGAUGAAGACCUCACGGCGCUAUUGGAACCCAAGGGAUUGAUGAAAUGCUACAAUGACCUAGUCCAAGAUCUCCUAGUGACCUCCAAGAGUAAGACGCUCACCUUUCUCGAAGAAUGGAAGACAAGCGGAGUGGACCAAGUGAUUCAAGAGAACGGCCAUGCGGAAAUCUUUGGCUCCCGGAACAUGGAGCUUGUAGUCUGCAUGGCGGCGAAAAAGUGGAUCUGCUUUAUUGAUACAACCGUCGCUCCUGACUUUGUUCCUCCAGAGGCGGUUUCGGAUGCCCGUCGUGAAUCCGUUGCCAAGAGCACCAUUGCAGCAGCCGAAGCCGCGGGAAUUGCUGUGGAAGACUUGGUCGUCGAUGGUGUCAUCCAGCUAGAGUCGACCUGUCCCGAGGAAGUGGCGAGUCUGUUGGAAAAGAAGGACCUCAUGGACGUGUAUCCUCAAUUGGAUCUUGCCAUCUCGGAGGCUCAAUCCAUUCGUAACUUUGUGGACGUUUGGCGCCUCGCGGCUGCGGGUGUAGUCCCAUUUCCCAUUUUAGCCAAUCUCAAGGAAGGCAUGCUGGCCAAGGGUGUCAAGAUGAUUCUCUGCGAAAGUGUUGGCAGCAUGGGUCGGAAUCACUGGCUCGAAUUCAUUGAUCUAGAUGUUUACCCCAACUAUUCCAAUCCAUUCGACAUUACCGAAACGGCAAGUGUGUUCACGAAAAAGGAAGAGGAAGUCGAUCGAAAAGCAACCACCAUCGGAGGUGGGUGGUACACGGUUCCUCUUACGGGCGUGGCAGUCGAAGAGCUGAGCGGGGUCAAGAAGAUUUCAGAUCAGUGCCCACACGAGGUCGAAUCGCUGCUCGUGAAGAAUGGGGCAAUGCCAGUCUACGAUGCCUUUAUUAAUGCCAUUGUCAAGUCCAAAACGACCCGAAACUGGGCCGAUUCAUGGAGCUCCCUUGAGAUCAGCACCAUUCUUGCCGAAUACAAAGACCAAUUCUUGUCCAGGGGACUCAAAGUAGUCUUGUGCAAAAUCAAACCAGACAGUGGCAACUCGUUGCGUUGGUUUGAGUUUAUAGACAUCAAUGAACAACCCGGUUGGGUCCCCCAAUUUGACGUUCUGUCCCUGGACGGAGGCACCGUGUUGGCAACAAAUACAAACAGUUUAUCCUUUCCAAAAGGAGUGGCCGUGGAGGCCAUUAUGGACCGCAAGCACGUAAUGGAGAGAGUCCCACCUCCUGUCAAGGCCAUGAUGGAGAACAAGGGGUGCAUGGACUUGUACAUGGCCAUGAUUGCGAUUCUGUGCGAAUGUGCUGGUUCUGGAGACGAAAUUGAUGCGACCUGGAGCAAAACACACAUGAGCGACAUUACUCAAACGAUUGGACCCAAGUUCCAAGCAAAGGGGGUGUCGUUGUUCCUUUCUGUCCUUGAAGAGGAUGUUAAUGAAAACGGUCAACAAGUGAAGAAGCCGUUUAUGUGGGUUGAGUUUGUGGACAGGGAAAUGCAACCUAACUAUACGGCUCAACGAGGGAUUGAGAUGACCAAGUUACCGUACACAGGAAUGACCAACACAGAGGCUGCUUUCUUGGCCGGCUCUUUCGCGUUGCAGCUGGGAAUCACGGUAGCCUUGCAUCUAUUAUAGUCGGUGAAUACGGUAGCUUUUUGUGCCAGACGUCAUGGCCGUAUGAAACAUCCGAUUGACUUGAAGAAUGUGGAAACAACUGGCUGUGCCUUGACUCCCGGGUCGCCGUCAAGCACUUCUUGUCUGAAUCGGUUAAGAUUUUGAGCUUUUCUUUUUUUGGUCUCUCGCCGUACAUUAGUAGAGUAGCUGUAGCAUGAUGGGCCAAGGUAGGCCCAAGUCAGAAAACGCUGUGUCACGACCGGUAGUUCGUUGCUUGGGAUCCAUGAACUUUGGAUGACCGAAAGGAUCUCGAGGGAACCCAGGGAAUCUCUGCAAAUCAAACAAGCUGCCAAGAGAAGGGCCACAUCAGAGGUCACUACGGUAACGCAACGAAAAAGAAUGCCAACCCAGAUCGCUCAGGUACGGCAGAAUACCAAGACUCGCUCUCUAGGUAGAUAUCGAAGCAGUUUUCAAGCCAAAGAAAGGCACCACGGGGGCAGAUCGGAUGCCCUGAUCUUC